CGCUUCCUCAUUUUUAAAAGCCUCGCCACUGCGCCCCUGUACAGAGAGAGAGAGAGAGAGGGGUGGCAGCCGCAGGUUUUCAAAAAGGGCGGGGGAUCAUGGCUGAAGAAACUGUUUCUCAAGAGCUGCGCAGCGCCUCUGAGCUGAGGAUCGUGCUGCUUGGGAGAGGAAGGGCUGGGAAGAGUGAAGCAGGAAACACUAUACUGGGCAGAGCGGAGGGAAGAUCGGGAUUCAGCUCCUCUACAGUAACGGAGUGUGUGAAGAGAGCAGGAGAAGUGUCUGGGAGACGGGUCACUGUGGUCGACACUCCAGACUUGUUACACGCAGACCGGGUUGAGAUUGAGAGAUGCGUUUCUCUGUCUGCCCCGGGACCCCACGCUCUCCUCCUGGUGAUACCCGUGUGUACAAAAGAAACGAUUGACUCUUACUGUGAGUCUAUAGUAGAAGAGUGUUGCAUAUCCUUUGAUAAAGUGCAGGAGCUGUUUGGUGAGAAAGCUGUGAGGAACACAAUGAUCCUUUUCACCCACUGGGAUUAUCUGAGAGGCAGGAAGAUUCAGCAGUACAUUGAGGAAGCUGGUGAGGAGCUCCAGCAGCUUGUUGAGAAAUGUGGGAACAGGUAUCAUGUUCUCAACAAUCAGGACAGGCGUGAUCGCACUCAGGUCACACAGCUCCUGGACAAGAUAGACAACAUGGUGAAGGGAAGUGGAGGCUGCUACAUCCCAAAUGAGAUUUACCAGGAGGUAGAAGAAAGGAUGAGACUAAAGGAACAGGAGCUGAAUAAGAAACACAAAGAGGAGCUGAGCAGGAAAGAA